AUGGCCCUCGCGUCGCCGCCGCCGUGGUGGCUCACCACGGACGCCUGCGACCUCCCCUCCGCACCCGCCGCGAGGCUAGGGGAAUGGGCCGCCUUCCUCUUCCUCUCCACGUGCUCGCAGCGGAUGCUCCUCUCCGCCGCGUCCGCGGUCUUCCUCGUCGCGCUGCUCUGCCUCGGCGCCGCCAAACUCAUCUCCACACGGCGACGACGCUAUGCCCUCAACGGCGAAGACAAGCAGCCGCUGCUGGACAGGGACGGGGUCCACGGGGACCGGGGGCGGGCCGUGGUUGUUCGGGUCGGCGCCGGGUUCGUCGUCGCGCUGGCUGCGUCCGGUGUCCUCGCCGCGUUCUACGCCGUGCUGCUCGUCCUUUCCCUGGUCAACAGGGGCGGCGAGGCCCUGGAGGUGGUGUUCCUGGCGCUGCAGUGCGCGGCGCACCUGGCCGCCGCGGCCGUCGUCGCGCACGAGAAGCGGUUCCGCGCGGCAGCGCACCCGCUGACCCUGCGCCUCUACUGGCUGGCGGCGCCCGCGCUGACGGCGCUCCUCGCCGGCACCUCCGUCGCGCGCCUCGCGUCGGGCGCGGCUAGGCUCCCGGACGACGCGCUGGCCAUCGCGGCGCUGGUUCUCGACGACGCCACCGGGGCCGCGGCGGCGGACGAGGAGACCACCACCACCACCACCGACAGCAACAGCAAGGCGAACGUGACCCCGUACGCGACGGCGUCGUGGGCGUCGCGCGCGACGUGGGCGUGGAUGAACCCGCUGGUGCAGCGCGGGUACCGGUCGGCGCUGGAGCUGUCGGACGUGCCGACGCUGGCGCCGUCCCACCGGCCCGAGCGCAUGCACGAGCUCUUCACCCUGCACUGGCCGUCGUCGUGGGCGUCCAAGGACAACAACCCGGUCCGGCACACGCUGUUCCGCACCUUCUGGGCGCAGUUCCUGCUGAACGCGUCGCUGGCGCUGCUCCGCCUCACCGUCAUGUACGUGGGGCCGACGCUGAUCCAGAGCUUCGUGGACUUCACGUCGGCGGGUGCCGGGCAGCGGCCGCUCGGGGAGGGCGCGCGGCUGGUGGCGACGCUGCUGGCGGCCAAGUGCGCGGAGGCGCUGUGCAGCCACCAGUACAACUUCCACUGCCAGAAGCUGGGGAUGCAGAUCCGGGGCGCCCUCAUCGUGGCGCUCUACCGCAAGGGGCUCCGCCUCUCGUGCUCCGCGCGCCAGAAGCACGGCCUCGGCAUGAUCGUCAACUACAUGGCCGUCGACGCGCAGCAGCUGUCCGACAUGAUGCUGCAGAUCCACUACCUCUGGCUCAUGCCGCUCCAGGUUGGCGUUGCGCUGGGCCUGCUGUACACGUACCUCGGGCCUCCGGUGACGUCGGCUCUGAUCGGCGUCGCGGGCGUGAUGGUGUUCGUGCUCCUGGGCACCCGGCGCAACAACCGGUACCAGUUCUCGCUGAUGAAGGAGCGCGACCAGCGGAUGAAGGCGACGAACGAGAUGCUCAACUACAUGCGCGUCAUCAAGUUCCAGGCGUGGGAGGAGCACUUCAACGCGCGCAUCGGCCGCUUCCGCCACCGCGAGUUCGGCUGGCUCUCCCGCUUCAUGUACUCCAUCUCGGGCAACAUCAUCGCGCUCUGGAGCGCCCCCGUCGUCGUCUCCGCGCUCGUCUUCGCCACCUGCGUGCUCACCGGCGGGGUGCGCCUCGACGCUGGCCUCGUCUUCACCGCAACGUCCUUCUUCAAGAUCCUGCAGGAGCCCAUGCGGAACUUCCCGCAGGCGAUGAUCCAGGCGUCGCAGGCGAUGAUCUCGCUGCAGCGACUUGACUCGUACAUGACUAGCGCGGAGCUUGACGAGGGCGCCGUGGAGAGGGAGCCCGCCGCGGCGUCCGGCUGCGACGGCGGCAUGGCCGUGCAGGUGAAGGACGGCGUGUUCGCGUGGGACGACGAGGUGGACGCCGGGCAGGAGGUGCUGCGCGGCAUCGACCUGGACAUCCGGACGGGCGCGCUGGCGGCAGUGGUGGGCAUGGUUGGCUCCGGCAAGUCGUCGUUGCUCGGCUGCAUCCUCGGCGAGAUGCGCAAGUUCUCCGGCAAGGUAAAGGUUUGCGGCAGCACGGCAUAUGUGGCACAGACGGCAUGGAUCCAGAACGGCACCAUUGAGGAAAACAUCCUGUUUGGGAAGCCCAUGCACCGGGAGAGGUAUAAGGAGGUCAUCAGGGUGUGCUGCCUGGAGAAGGACCUCGAGAUGAUGGAAUUCGGCGACCAAACGGAGAUCGGGGAGCGUGGCAUCAACCUUAGCGGCGGGCAGAAGCAACGCAUACAGCUCGCACGUGCCGUUUACCAGGACUGCGAUAUAUACCUCCUCGACGAUGUAUUCAGUGCGGUCGAUGCGCACACGGGCACUGAGAUCUUCAAGGAAUGUGUUAGAGGUGCUCUGAAGAACAAGACCAUAGUGCUCGUGACACACCAAGUUGAUUUCUUGCACAAUGCUGAUAUCAUAUAUGUGAUGAAGGACGGAAUGAUCGUACAAUCCGGCAAGUACAAUGAGCUCCUCCAGGCCGGCACCGACUUCGCGGCACUGGUCGCAGCGCACGACAGCUCCAUGGAGCUCGUGGAGAGCGCGGCGCCGGCGAGCGAGCGCGAGCUGCCCCUCUCCCGGCAGCCGUCGAACAAGACCGCUGCGGGCAGGGCGUCCAACGGCGACUCGUCCUCGUCCUCCAUCGUGGCGCCCAAGGCCGAGAAGGCGUCGGCGCGGCUGAUCAAGGACGAGGAGCGCGCUAGCGGGCACGGCUCUCUGAUGGCCAGCGACUACUGGCUCGCCGACCAGACCUCCGAGGAGAACGCAACCUCGUUCCAGCCGUCGCUGUUCAUCAACGUGUACGCCAUCAUCGCCGCCGUCUCGGUGGUGCUCGUCGCGGCUCGCUCCUUCCUCGUGGCCAUCAUUGGCCUCCAGACGGCGGACCGGUUCUUCAAGCAGAUCCUCAACAGCAUCCUGCACGCGCCCAUGUCCUUCUUCGACACCACGCCAUCAGGCAGGAUCCUCAGCAGGGCGUCGUCAGAUCAGACGAACGUUGAUCUCUUCCUGCCGUUCUUCGUCUGGAUGAGCGUGUCCAUGUACAUCACCGUGAUCAGUGUGCUUAUCGUCACGUGUCAAGUGGCGUGGCCGUCCGUCAUCGCCAUCAUCCCUCUGGUGAUACUGAACAUCUGGUACCGGGGCUACUACUUGUCGACAUCGAGGGAGCUGACUCGCCUCGAGUCGAUCACCAAGGCUCCAGUGAUCCACCACUUCUCUGAGACAGUUCAAGGUGUCAUGACCAUCAGGUGUUUCAGGAAGGAGGACAGCUUCUUGCAGGAGAACCUGAACCGGGUGAACUCAAGCCUGAGGAUGGACUUCCACAACAAUGGUGCCAACGAGUGGCUUGGUUUCCGGCUCGAGCUCAUUGGAAGCUUUGUUCUCUGCUUCACAGCUGUUCUCAUGGUCACAUUGCCAAGCAGCAUCGUCAAGUCAGAAUAUGUUGGUCUAUCACUAUCAUAUGGUCUAUCUCUCAACCAGGUGUUGUUCUGGGCCAUCUGGAUCAGUUGCUUCAUUGAAAACAAGAUGGUCUCAGUUGAGAGGAUAAAGCAAUUCACAAAUAUUCCUUCAGAGGCCGCAUGGAGGAUCAAGGACUGCCUACCAGAUUCUAACUGGCCAACAAAAGGUGACAUCGAUGUCAUUGAUCUUAAGUUUAGGUAUAGGCACAACACUCCUCUAGUGUUGAAGGGCAUCACGAUAAGCAUACAUGGAGGAGAGAAGAUUGGAGUUGUCGGUAGAACUGGUAGUGGGAAAUCAACACUGAUCCAGGCAUUGUUCAGAAUAGUGGAGCCUUCUGAGGGGAGAAUAAUCAUCGACGGUGUUGACAUCUGCACUUUAGGACUCCAUGACCUUAGGUCACGGUUUGGUAUCAUCCCUCAGGAACCUGUUCUCUUUGAAGGGACCAUUAGGAGCAAUAUUGAUCCACUUGAGCAGUAUUCUGAUGAUGAAAUCUGGCAGGCUUUGGACCGUUGUCAGUUGAAAGAAGCCGUGGCUUCAAAACCCGAAAAGCUUGAUGCUUCAGUUGUCGACAAUGGUGAGAACUGGAGUGUUGGACAACGGCAACUGCUAUGCCUUGGCCGGGUGAUGCUAAAGCGCAGCAGAAUACUGUUCAUGGACGAGGCCACUGCAUCCGUUGAUUCCCAGACCGAUGCUGUGAUUCAGAAGAUCAUCCGGGAAGACUUUGCAGCUUGUACCAUUAUCAGCAUUGCGCACAGAAUACCAACGGUGAUGGACUGCGACAGGGUCCUGGUUAUAGAUGCAGGACUAGCGAAGGAGUUUGACCGGCCUGCAAAUCUGAUCGAGAGGCCAUCUCUCUUUGGAGCAUUGGUUCAAGAGUACGCGAACCGUUCGUCUGACGUUUAG